AUGCCUCUCUUUGCUUGUUCACCUCCAUCACCACCGCCGCCUCCGAACCGCUCCUUGUCUGUGCGCUCCAAGAAGGAUGGCCAGUCCGACCGGGGUUCGACCAAAAGCGGCCCGGCGAAGCAUCGCUUUACCAUGGCCUCGCUGCGCGGCAUGCAACAGCCUGAUCUUUCCAAGAAACUCUACAAGCUUAUCAAGACCGAGAGCCACUGCAUCAGUGCAUACGAAGCCGCAGGCCGCGAGCGCGCAUCGAUAGCCAGCCAGCUCAGCGACUGGGGCGAGGCGACGAACGACGACACCAUAAGCGAGAUCAGCGACAAGCUCGGGGUGCUCCUCGCGGAGAUCGCGGAGCAAGAAGACCUCUUCUGCCAGAGUCUCGAAGACUCCCGCAGUGUACUCAAGCAGAUCAGGAACACGGAGAGCAGUGUUCAGCCGAGCCGGGAUCAAAAGGCGAAGAUCGCGGAUGAGAUUGCGAAACUCAAGUACAAGGAGCCCACGAGCACGAAGAUCAUCACACUGGAGCAAGAGCUCGUCCGCGCCGAAGCUCAGUCCCUAGUCGCCGAAGCCCAGCUUACCAACAUCACGAGGCAAAAGUUCAAAGAAGCAUACGACAUCCACUUUGCCGGCACCAUCGAACGCGCAGAAAAGCAGAUCAUGCUCGCUAAGCAAGCCCGUCGCCUCCUAAACCUCGUUGACGACACGCCGAUCGUUCCCGGCGACACUCAUCCAACUUUCGACCAGUAUGAGGCCGCCCGCCAGGUGCUUAACGACGCAGAGGAACAGCUGCGCGACUGGCGCCCCAAUAACGAACCGAUCAACAGUAACGCCGGUAGUCUUGGCGCGGGGGCAAUGCCGAGUACAUCCGGUGCAUCCGGUGCAUCUGUCACUGGCAGUGGUGGCAGUAUUGCGUUUGCGGGACAGGAGUACUCGGCAACACGGGCCUAUACAACAGAGCAAGAAGGACAACAGCAAACGAUCGAGGGCGCGCACCCAGCGUAUAGGAAGGAUAGUCCAGAACGCAGCGUCAGGGAUGAGUCGUCGGUGGCAUAG